ACUUCCGAGAUUCUAUAUAGCUUGCCUAGGAUUCUUGGCCUGCUUUCGUACAUAGCAGAUCCAUAUCUUCCUCGCUAACAGGAGCAGAAACGUGCGGCUGCUAGCUCUUCUGUUGGUCUGCAGUUUGCACACAGCUCAAGAAACAGCUAGCUAGUGUGGUAAUCAAUGGCGCUAUCAGCUGCCCCUGGCGUCGAGGCACCGCCGUCCGGGAAGCAGCUCAGCUACCAGCUCGCCGCUGCUGUGAGGAGCAUCAACUGGACUUACGCCAUUUUCUGGUCCUUGUCCACCGGCCUGCGCCCACCUGGAGUUCUGACGUGGAAGGGCGGCUUCUACAACGGCGAGGUAAAGACGAGGAAGAUCAUAAGCUCGACUACCACGGAGGUUACCGCAAACGACCUCAUCCUGCAGAGGAGUGAGCAGCUAAGGGAGCUCUACGAGUCUCUCCUGUCCGGCAAGGCGGACCACCGGGCGAGGCGUCCUGCCGCCUCGCUGUCCCCGGAGGAUCUCGGGGAAGCAGAGUGGUACUACACGCUGAGCAUGACUUACUCAUUCCGGCCUAGUCAAGGGUUGCCAGGCAAGAGCUUUGCGAGCAAUGAACAUGUUUGGUUGUACAAUGCUCAAUACGCAGACACCAAAACUUUCCAGCGCGCUCUCUUAGCAAAGGUAUCUUAUACAUAUUUAUCUCAAACUGUAUACAUCUUUCGGUCGUUAACUAACACCAUGAUGCUUGCCCACGCUACCGGACGGUUAAAUCAGACUGCGCCUAUUCAGACAGUCGUUUGCAUUCCCUUCAUGGGUGGUGUGCUGGAGCUUGGAACGUCGGAUUUGGUGUUGGAGGAUCCAGACAUGGUGAACGGGAUCGGCACAUCUUUCUGGGAGCUACCCUUCCAGGCAUGCUUGGAGUCAGAGGCGCCAAGCUCCAGUCCAUCAACAAACGAAACUAGGAACAGGGAUGUAGAAAUCAUCGUGUUCGAAGACCUUGAUGACAAUAUCGCCAAGGGGUUCAUCUCUGAGCUAGGCGAGGUCGAGAGCAUGUCCGACGCGAACAUCAAUUGCGUCACCGAGGAAGUGGAUGAUUUCUAUGGCCUCAUUGAGGAGUUGGACGUGUGUGCUCUUGAGGACAACUGGGUCAUCGAAAGGUCCUUUGAGUUCAUGUCUUCCUUGGAAAUGGCGCCAAACAUGGAAGCACCAAGAAUCGAUGAUAACACCGUAACUUUAAGUAGCUCUGUUAAUGGCUCUCGUCCAUCCUGCUUUACCGUAUGGAAGAGGUCAUCAGACUGGGAAGACAUGGAUGUGCGGGAUCCCGGGGAGUCACAAAAGUUGUUGAAGAAAGUUGUGGCUGGCGGUGACUGGACAAUGAGAGCUCAAGAAAGUAACAUCAAGACACAUGUCUUGUCGGAAAGAAGACGCCGGGAGAAGCUCAACGAGAUGUUCCUAGUUCUCAAGUCAUUGGUCCCGUCCAUUAACAAGAUGGACAAAGCAUCCAUCCUCGCAGAGACGAUAACAUAUCUCAAAGAGCUAGAGCAAAGGGUAGAAGAGCUAGAAUCUAGCAGGACACCAUCAUGGCACCCAAAAGAAGGAACGGGACGGGGACUCCAUGAUGUUGCCGGAAGGAAGAAGAUCAAACUAUCAACUGGAUGCAAGAGGAAGGCGUCGGAGUCAGAGAGGGAGGAUGGCGAUGGCCCAAGCAAUGUUGUCAAUGUGAUCAUGAUGGACAAGGAGGUGAUCUUGGAGGUGCAAUGCCGAUGGAAGAAGCUGUUGAUGACACGAGUGUUCGACGCCAUCAAGAACCUCCGUUUGGACAUCGUCUCCGUGCACACAUCCACACCGGGUGGCCUUCUUGAACUCAAGAUACGAGCCACUCACCAGGUUGCGGCUGGUUUUGCUACCGUGGCACCUGGGAUGAUCACUGAAGCGCUUCAGAAAGCUAUAGGCAACCGCUGGCAAAAUUAAUAUCAAAAGCAUGACCAGACACCAGUAGAGCAUGGUAUAGUGCUCAGACACUGAUGGUUAUGUUCUUCAGAUAGGACAAUUGCAUCAGAUAUGACCAUAUCAACAUCAGACGUGAAUGCACUUCAUUUGUACACGAUGACAAAGUGCAUAGCAACGGUACAUCCACCAGUGAGCAAUAUUGCGUGUAGAGUCAACUGAUACUUUCCCACAAUUGGCAGAGUAUUGGCUUCCCUCA